GACGACGAUCGGGUGGAGAAGUGAGAGAAUGUCAUUCUCCGGUAGAAUUAAGUACGCCAAGCUAAGGCUGUUUAAACCAUCGUCAUCAUUGGAUACUGGCGGUAAAAGUCAAUCGAAGCGGGGGAAUGAAGGGAACGAUCCGAAGACUCCCUCGAGCGAAUCAGUUAAUCGAAUGGAACAAGAAGUUAUUAACCUCUCCGAUAACGACGAUUGCCAACCAGCAGAGCCAGAUGAACCCAUCAUCAAACGAACUCGGCUCAACGGAAUGGAAAAAUCUGAAAAGCCUAAAUUACCUAAAUUUCCGAACAAACCUCCAGCGGAUGGCGAGGGAGUUAUUAGCAAGUUUUUCAAACCCUCCGACGAUGACUUUGAACCGCCAAAACCGAGCACCCCUCCAAAACCAAAAACCAAAGCCCAGCGCAAAACCACCGCCACAAGAAAACCGCGAGCCCCACGAAAGCCCAAAAAUCAAUCCGACAUCAGGAAGGUUUUUCAGAAGUAUAAAGAUAAUGACGAGGAACUGCUGAAAAAUCUGAUGCUUGAACACACGCUGGCCGAUCGGUUAGAUCCGGACCAGUUUCAGCUGGCUCUAGCUAUGUCACGAUCGCUGGUCGAUCAAGGUAGUUCACAGUCGGAACCCAAUAUUUCGCAAGCUCCUCCGGAGGAAGUCGCACAAGCAUCAUCCAGCACCAGUUCGGUUUCGUCGGAGGAACGACGGAUACGUGGUCUGCGAACCACGCUGGAGCAGUACGGAUUCAAGUGUAAGAACAGCUACAAUGACUACGAUUUGAAUGUGAUAUUUGGAAGUGCACCGAAGAAUGUGAAGAAAAUCAAACAUAAUCGACCAACGAUGCUCAUUCGGAGGGAUCCUGAGGAGCUGGUGGACUUCAUGAAGCGACAAGCUGAGCGUUUGCUUCAGGACGUACUGUGCCGUCCGUUAGCCGAUUGUAGUGGGUGUGAUUUGAAUGCGCGAACUUACGGUAGCAAUAUCUUUUGGAUGAGUCAACAUUCAGGCAAGAGUGAUGAGAAUCUUUCGGAUUACUACGUGGAAUCGUUGGUUGAAAUGAGUACGGUGAAGGCGGGUUACCUACUGAAGGACUGGGGAAAGAUUCCCGGUCGGGAACGAACACCGGAAAGACGGAAGGAAAAAUACGAUGAGAAAGAAGAUGAAGCCUCACGAUCAAAUCUAAAGUGUGACGGAGAAAAACUAGAUAAUUCGGUAGCUUCUUUGGAUAUUGAUACUGUCUUGGGGGAGUGCCGCGAAAAGUAUGAAGAUUCAGCCUUGGUGCAUGUGGGUUUGAGCCACGAAAAUAUUGUGGCAGAGAAUAGAAGAUCCGCAUCACCGGACCUGUUUGGCUCAGACAGCGGAGACGAAGUAGAAGACAGUAGGAAGUCAGUGCAAGAAGAUUUCAUAGAAGUAAAGGUAACGUUGCAAACUGAACAUCGUGACGAAGAGGAAGAUGACAACUUUUUGACUGCCAUGCAGUCAGAGACCGAACUAGUUGUGGAGGACGAUGUUUGCGAAGAGCCAUUAGAAGGUAUAGUGCGAGCAGCGAGUUCGGAAAACAUUUUCGAGGACUCGGACCCCAUAAUCGGCUUUGAAGUUUACUCCAGCGAGGAAGCGAAGAUGUGUUCUUCUUUACCGGUAGAGAACAUCAAUAAGAAACAUGUUGAUAAUCAGGUAGACGAUAAGGAUCUAGUGUCAAACAAGGAUAACGUUGUAUUGCUUAGUUCCACGGAUGACAGUAACAGCAAUAAUUCGUUUCCAUUUACAUCAGCUGUCGGCUGCAACCAAGACCAAAAGCUGCUCCUAUCCCCAGGAAAGGGAGUUAUUCCUUGUGUGUUAUCAUUGAAAAACAGACAAGAGGACACUUCACGGACAAAUGUGGGAAUAGUAGAGUUGGAGGAUGAUAAUCAAAUGAAUGGUAUGGGUAAAACGAUUGGAGAAGAUGAAACAAUGGAUCAGACUACAAAUAACAAAAAGACUGUAGACGACAAAGAUAAUGAAAUUGAGACUGAAUGUGGAGAAGAAUCGCGCUUUUCUCAAAACGUAUUUUCACCUCCGGACAAGAAUGCUGCCGUCCUUGGUUUGCCAGUGAAGCGAGAAUUAAAUGAUCCAUCGAAUGUAGUAGUGGAAACAAUAGAAUUAUUGGAUGACGACUCCGAUGCAAGUAACAGCCAUCAAGGAAACGCCCCUGUGACGAAUCAGUCGACAUCCUCCACCUGCAAAACUCACAUUUUAGACCAAGAAUGGUUCCCAUCGCCAGUAAAGCAAGGUUCUUUGCAUGGAUUGCUGUUGGAAAAUAGACUACGCGAUGUUACACAGAAUGAAGUUCAGACAGUAGAGUUGGAGGAUGACCAUCAAAUUAGUGACAUAGGUGAAGUUAUUGAAAAAGUCCAAUUAAUGGAUCACACAAGGAACAGCUCAAAUACUGCGAAGGGCAUAGAUCAUGAAAUUGAGCCUAAAGUUUACGGGAAAGAACGAAACUUUGAUGAAAUAGUAUCCCCAUUUCUGGAGAAGGAAUCUUCCUCCCAUAAGUUAUCGAUGAAAGGCGAAUCAAAUGAGUCAUCGAAUGUUGCAGUGAAAAGCAUAGAAUUAUUGGAUGAUGACUCUGCUGAAGUUGAAAAAGAAGAUCAUGGCAAGGAUUGCUCUAGUAAUUGUGAUGAUCCUGAAGACGUUUUUGUAAUUUCCGAUGAUGAAGUAAACUAUUCCAUUCGUCGAGAUUUCUCACUUGCAUACAACAUGUCGCCGCUUUCACCUCUUUAUGAUCCUACCGAAAGUAGUCCGUCAAAGCUUCACGAUGAUCUUGAUGGAACAAAAAUCUACUUUGAUGCGCUAAAUUUCAAUAGACCGAGUUCUGAUAAAGACGCAUCAAUAAAAUCACCAGAAGCAGACAUAAUUUCCUCAGGCGAUGAUGCCGAGUCCCCAGGAGUUUCAACCGAACCCGAGCGGGCCGACAAUACGAUGGCAUUUUUAGACGGUUUGAUCAAAAAAUUCAAUCUUCCUACAACGUUCACGAAACAGUCCACUUGUGAUGACUCGAAGCCUUGUGAUUUAGAUGACUACAUGAAUAAUUACGAGAUUCCGGACUUUCCCGAUGAUCCGGAAGAUCAUAUUGAAAACAGGGACGAUGUGCAAUUAGAUACGAUGGAAAACCCGGCACCGAUUACGUCGGAACAAUUAGACUUAGAAGUCGAGCAGAUCCUUGGUCAAGCGAACGCCCUCUGCAGCCAGCUCGAAAGACAGGAACGUCCACCUGCAACCCCUAUCCGAAGAACUAUCUCCGAUUCAGUUUUGGUAGGCCCGGUGAAACGCAAACGAAAUCUUAAAUCGCCCACUGUGAAGCGCAAACCCUGCUUCACUGAUAAGUUUAAGGAGCUCACUAAGGACCAUGCGCCUCCACCUGUGAAAGUCGAGAUACGAUUGAACAACGUCAGCCCACGACCCGACUAUGAAGGGAUGGCGUCUCCAUUGCUGCACCGUGAGCUUUUCAAGUUCGGACUGAAGCAGGCGACAAGAAAAAGAGCGGUGCAAAUUUUGAACAACAUCUACGAUGCAUUGCAUCCAUUCGUGGAAAUAGCCGUAGAGGAUGAAUGCGACAGCGACUGUGAGCUAAAAAGCGGCGACUCGAACUGUACUGAGGUUUCUGUACCGCGUAGGAGAGAUGGCAACGUACCGGAAAUUGAAGGCGAAGAGUACAUUCUUCCUUCGAGGCCCAGAAAGAAGACAUUCUGGUGCGCCGUCCCACUUCACAUCGCGUUCCACAACAUGAUUAGCGAGGAUCCCGGUCUUCGCCGACAGCUGCUUCGCUAUCAGCCAAUCGAGUUGGACGCGAUCUAUAGUCAUAUGAAGGAGAUUGGCCUGCGCUACGAAAGCAAUGAUUUAAUUGCGUUCUUAGAUAAACGUUGCAUCACUUUCCGUACGGCUCAGGGUAGUGGGAGCCGUACUAAAAAAACAACUGCCAGCCAAUUGCAAACGGGAUAGAUUUCCGAAAAGUAAAUAUAGGAAAUUAUGGUAAAGUUUUAUUGUUAUUGAAAUAUAAUUUAUUUUGGUAUGUCAAAGAA